AUGGCGCCGCCAACGCACCUCAUCGUCGUCUGCUGCCACGCCAUCUGGCUCGGCGGCCCGUCCAAGGGCACCGACGAGUCCGAGUGGCUGCUUGCGCCCUUUCAGCGCGGCGAGACGCCCACCUUUGUGCAGCACGCGCAGGCCGGCGUGCGGAGCUUGGCCGAGGCCCGCCGCGGCGCCGUCCUCGUGUUUUCCGGAGGCCCGACGCGCAGGGAGACGCGCCGUUCCGAGGCGCAGAGCUACGCAGACGUCGCGGCGCAGAACGAGUACUGGGGUCUGCUGCCGGAGCCAGACCACCGAGAAGAGGCGAUACUGCUCGAGGAGCGCGCGCUCGACUCGUACCACAACGUCCUCUUCAGCCUGACGCGCUUCCACGCACGCUUCGGCGCCUGGCCCGCAUCCCUCACGCUCGUCGGCCACGCCUUCAAGCAGCCGCGCCUCGAGGCGCACUGCCGCGCCAUCGGGUACCCUCCCGACCGCGUGGCGUUUGUCGGCAUCAACCCGCCUGGCAUGAUGGCGGCGGCGGCGGCGGACCCCGGGCUGGAAGCGGCCGACGAUGGCCGGGCUGGGCGGCAGGCGGCAUGGCGGGGCGUUGCGCGGGCGGCCGAGGAGUGGGAGGCGGAUCCGCACGGCCGUGGGGCCGGGCUGGCCGACAAACGAAGGGCGAGGAACCCGUGGCAUGUGUGGCAGGGGGUGUUUGAGGCGCAGUACAAGGACAAGGGCGGGUUGGUGACGAGGGGAGGCGAGGGGGAAGGGGAGACGUUGGACGAGGAUGCGCCGAGGCCGUGGGUGUGA